CAGCCCCCGCAUGGUGCCCCACAACAUUCUAUAACUCCUGUCUCAAAAGAGAUUCAAUACUCUCUUCAGGCCUCCAUAGCAGAAGACAUUCCUGCAGGCAAAACAGCCAUACCUAUAAAAUACAUACAUUUAAGGUAAAUAAAUAAAAGGGUUCCUGAGAAGUAGCAAAGACCACAUAACAUUCAUUAAAUAAUAUACAAAUAAGCCCACUUGAGAAAAACAGGAAAUCCACUAUCACAGCUUUUUAUUUAUAGGGCUUUAAUCCAGUUGCCCUUGUCUCCUACCUUAACUGCCAUCCCCAGUGUCUCAGGGAAUAAACAGAAUAAAGCUCCUGUCUCUCCUCUUUGGCUUCUCCCCUCCCUUGGAAGGUCCAUAAUCUCCCAGCUUGUCAGCGUUCUUUCCCCAGCAGUGAUUAAGGGGCCCUCUCCAAAGAAGAUUAAAGCCUAGUCUGUGUGGGACACUGUGCAGGGUACUUGACCUGGAAUUCAGCCACUCUGCACUCUUAUAGUCCCUAUCAUGGCUCUUGUGCCAGGGAAUAGCAAGGAUGGACCUUGGUCUGGAGAUAGCCCAGACUCUUCAUGGCAUCCAGAAAGUCCUGGUUUCAUGAAUCCUCUCUCAAAGAGCAGACAAGAGAUUGGCAGAAGUGAAGGUCAUCAGGAUGCUCGAGUGUCUCAAAAGCCCCACCUGCCCUCUAUUGCGGCAGAGGCCUCAGAGGGGAAUGACGAAGACCAGGAGGAUAACCAGUGGCCACAUGAGGAGUUGUUGCUACUCACUGAUGGUGAAGAAGAGGAAGCAGAAGCCUUCUUCCAGGACCAAAAUGAAGAGCCAGGUUGGGCUUGGAUCCCACAGGACCCCACAUCUCCUUUAAAAACAUUUAACCCUGGACCUGACUGGGGGAAUGAACAAGAGGAUGACUCCUGGAUUCCUGAGGACACAGAGGGCCAAGAAAUUCCCAACCCCAGUUCUCUUUGGGACCCAACAAGGUCCUGCAUUUAUAGAACCCGAUUUGUGGAAUAUUCCCAUUUCCCACCUCCCAGUACCUUUGGGGGAGCUGAAGAAGAAGUUGUUCAAGCGCCGGAGAGUGCUGAGCAGGGAUCGGCGACGGAAGCGCCAGGUGGUCGGGGCCGUUAUAGACGAAGGGCUGACGACGAAACACCACCUCAAGAAGCGGGCGUGAGUACGAUCCAGUGCACGUGCCAACAUCACGCUAUCCGGGAAGAAGCGCAGGAAACUCCUGCAGCAGAUCCGCUUUGCCCAGAAAGAAAAAGCAUCCAUGGAAGUGGAAGCCUCUUCCAAGCAAACCAGGACUAGUGAGUCACAGCCCAAACGACAAAAGAAGAUAAAAGCUCCCCAGGACGUAGAUAUGGAGGAUCUUGGAGAUGAGAGCUAAAGUCCCUCCCUCUUAGAAGAUUCUCAAGGGCAGCCAGAAGGACUUGGAGGACUUUGGAGAAAAUGCAACCACAUUUCACUGUCCCAGACACCCAUGACCAUUGACCUCCCCUGGAGUUCCAUAUUGGGAGGAAAGAGGACACAGAAAAGGACCGCGGCGGGCCCUCUCUAGCAGUCAGCUCUUUGUAAUAAAGUCCUAGAUCUCUGA